UUUUUUUUUUUUUGCUUACUAGUUAUUUCCUGGAUUAAAGUAGCUUGCUUGCUCGUUGAAUUUGAAUUGUUACCGAAUUGGUUUAUGGUUUUGGUAGUGUUGUUUUGAUUUGAGGUGAUUUGAGGUUCAGGGUUUUGGGAUUCAGGGUUUUAGGUUUCGUGUGAUGUUAUUUUGCUUUUGUUUAGAUUUGUUUCUCGAUGUCGUCUUGUCAAAGUGUAAAAAUACUCAAUUAUCUCAUCCGAUUUUCAGAUGGGGUUUUAGGCAGAGAAAGUCAGCUGAAAAAUCUGUAAUUUUGACGAUCACUUUGAAUAAUCUAAGCCAUUGAUUCGUGAUCAGAAGUUCUGGAUUAUGUCUUUGUAGUAGAUGUUCUGCGGCCCUCAAUUUCAAUUCUAGCUUUGGUUUUGGAGAAGUGAAGUAUGAAAGUUCGAAUUUUGUUUGUGUUCAAUAAUAAGCAUAUGCGCGGGUUUAGGAAAUUGUGACUUAUCAUUGUGUUUAUUGUCUAGUUUAAUGUUUGUGUUUUUUGGUGUGUGUUUAAACUUCUUGGGGGUAACAUAUAGAUCUUUAAGUGUGCGUCUUUUACAGUGGAAAGGUUAUUUUUCUUGUGUUUCAGAUGUGGGAGACACUCUACUCAAUGUUCCUUUUAUUUUAUGCCUCCCUCUUGUUCAUUACCAUGUUCAUAUUCUGAUUUGUCCUUGUUAUCUGCAUUAUCAUGACAGGGAUGAGUGAUCAACCAGAGAAAAACGUCUUGAUUCCUCCAGCUAUUUCAGAGCCAAGCAAGGCAGAGACAAAACCAAAGAAGAGGAUAUGUUGUGCUUGCCCUGAUACUAAGAAGCUGAGAGAUGAGUGCAUUGUCGAGCAUGGUGAAUCGGCUUGCACCAAAUGGAUUGAAGCUCAUAAAAUGUGUCUCCGAGCAGAAGGUUUCAACGUCUGAAAUGUUUUUCUUAAAUACUUAAUUUGAUGGAUCAAGAAAGUAACGAGCAGUUCAUUAUUGCCCGAAAGUGAUUAGGCUAUAAAACAGGAUAUUUACAGAAUCCCAUUUUGUUGUGAUGAAAAUAAAAGUCCAAAGAAACAACAAUCUUUUCAAUUAUCUUGCAAUUCUUGUUGUGUUAGUUUUCAUAGGGAAGAGAAAGAAGAUGUUAAAAAUAGAUAAUAUGAUGUAUUAGAGGAUAAAGGGCACAACCCAUUACAUCACACCAUACUAGAGAGUCACAUGAGCUUACUAGAUG